GUGGUCAAGGGCCCCUACAUUAGCUUACUGGGAUUAGCAUGGUUUGGACCACUGGGGCUAGCCGUCACCGGGGUGAACCACACUAGCUUACAAGUGGACGUGGACGCCAUAUGCAAGGAAUUUCCGGGGGUUUUCGAUGGGAAAUUGGGACAGUAUACGGGCCCCCCCAUUGCUCUACAGCUUGACCCCGCAGUACGACCGGUCAGGCUCAAGGCCCGCCGGGUCCCGUUCGCCCUGAAACCUCGUAUAGACGAGGAAUUGGACCGGCUCGUGAAGCAAGGAGUGCUGGAGCCGGUGCCUAAUGCCCCCUGGGAAACCCCAAUCGUCACGCCCGUCAAGCCUAAUGGUUCAGUCCGCAUCUGCGCAGACUACAAAUGUACCAUAAACAAGGCCCUCACGGCCCAUGCAUACCCAGUGCCAGUGGUCAGCCAUGUUCUUGCCACCCUGGCUGGGUCGAAAAUUUUUGGCAAGCUGGACUUGGCCCAAGCAUAUCAACAGCUGCCAGUAGAUGAGGCCACAGCAGAGGCACAGACGAUUGUGACGCACAGAGGAGCAUUCAGGGUAAAGCGGCUGCAAUUCGGUGUCAGCGUGGCACCAGGCAUAUUCCAGAAUCUAAUGGACUCUCUACUUAAAGGGAUUCCUGGCGUCACCCCCUUCUUCGAUGAUGUGUUGAUUGCCGGGCCCACACCAGAGGAGUUUGAGGACCGCCUCCGCACCGUUCUGCACCGUUUCCAGACGGCGGGUCUCAAGGUGAAGCGGGAAAAAUGUCUACUAGGAGUGCCUCAGGUGGACUUUCUGGGAUUUAUGGUGGACGCAGAAGGGGUCCACCCGACUGGGGACAAGGUACGGGCCAUUUGUGAUGCCCCAGCGCCCAAGAACAAGACUGAACUUCAGGCCUUCUUGGGACUAUUGAACUUUUACCAUUCCUUCCUUCCCCACAAGGCGGCGCGCCAGGAGGCCGCAUUCCAGGCAGUCAAGGACUUGCUUGUCUCAAACUCGGUCUUGGCACACUUCGAUGAGAGGCUGCCGGUGGUGCUAGCAUGCGAUGCCUCGCCCUAUGGAAUUGGCGCUGUCCUGGGACACCAACUCCCGGAUGGAAGAGAGGUACCGGUGGCAUACUUUUCCCAGACACUCAACGCAACCGAGCGGAACUACUCGCAAAUCGACAAGGAGGGACUGGCAAUCGUGAAGGGAGUAAAAAAAUUCCAUGAUUUCUUGUACGGGCGGCCCUUCACCGUGGUGACUGACCACAAGCCGUUGCUUGGCUUAUUUGCCCCUGAAAAGCAGACCCCCCAAGUGCUGUCUCCUCGCGUCCUCAGGUGGUCAAUUUUCCUUGCCAGCUACCAGUAUGCACUGAUUCACCGUCCGGGGAAGGCGAUGGGCCAUGCGGAUGCCCUCAGCAGGCUACCACUACCGGAAACAGGCCCCGACCCAGCACCUGCACAAGAGGUUAUGAGCCUGGAGCUGCUUCCCGACCGCCCCAUUCAGGCACAAGAAGUUGCACACCAUUCCAAGAAAGAUAGGGUCAUCUCCCGGGUCCUGGACUGGGUGUGGAGGGGAUGGCCCAGCAGCAGCCCCGGGCCAGAAUUCGCCGGCUACACAACCCGCAAACAUGAACUGUCGGCCCACAAGGGGUGCCUGUUAUGGGGAAGCAGGGUCGUUGUUCCCCAGCCCCUCCGCAAAAGGGUCCUCACAGCCCUACACGAGACACACCCAGGGGUAGUAAGAAUGAAGGCCCUUGCCAGGAGUUAUGUGUGGUGGCCGGGGAUCGACGGAGAGAUAGAGGACCCAGUGUACGCAAAGAAUUUUGGGGCAGGCCCAGCAUGGGUACCCGCCACAGUCACCAGGGUCACUGGCCCCGUGUCGUACGAGGUGCUAACAGAUGGGGGGCAAUGCUGGCGCCGCCACUGCGAAAAAGAGACGGAUUGCCGGUUACUUGGUGUUACCAACAGUGGCCUUGAAAGAUCAGUCAAACAAGGCCUUGCAGGAUACAGCAAAGCUAUAAUUCUUAUGUUGCCUGGCUUUUAA